AUGGAAAUGGAGACAGUCGGCGAUGUCGGAUUAGGCCUCCACGAGCCUCCGAAGUACGGAUUAAAAUUACCAUUGGACCAUGAAUAUCCGAUACAAAGCAAACAAUUGAUUAUACCCAAUGUGAAGCAAGUUUUUGAAAUGGCACCUUUGACUGCCAGGUACCUAAAAUAUUACAUUGGUAAAAGGUUUAAUAAGAAGAAACCUAUUAUGGACUAUAUUCACAUGAUAUCAGCUCAACGUAAAUAUGGCUGUCCUAUUGGCGGUAUUGGUGGUGGGACUAUUGGCCGGGGGUUCAAAGGAGAGUUCUGUCGCUUCCAGCUAUACCCUGGCAUAUACGAGUAUGUCUCAGUGCCAGAAUGCCAGUUCAUUGUGAACAUACGCAAUGGCAACAAUGAGACUAUUUUCCAGUCCGUUUUGUCUACAAAUAACAAACCAAGGAAGGCUCCACAUAGUUGGGAGUGGAACUUGAAUGGCGCUGACUGUGAGUACACAGCGCUUUACCCGCGUGCAUGGACCACUUAUGACCUCACCAAGUAUGGAAUAAAACUUGUAUGCCGACAGAUCUCGCCUGUUAUACCACAUAACUAUAAGGACAGUAGCCUACCGUGCGCAGUAUUUGUAUUCACCGCUAUAAAUGUUACCAAAGAGAAACGGGAUGUUAGUAUUAGUUUCACAUGGACUGAAGUACUUGGGGGUUCCCAUAAAAAGAAGGCUCUUGCCAAACUCGAUUUGGAGAGGUAUUCCGAGGAAUUCACGUGUGGUGUGACCUUGGAACAAAAAAUCGCUGACACGCCCUGUACGUUCACUAUUGCUAAGAAGAAAGCCGAAAAUGAGACUAUCCACGAAGGUUACUGUUUGUGGAAUGCAGCAAAGACUUCUGAAUAUGUAUGGGAGUGCCUGAAGAAGAAUGGUACUCUGUUACCUGAUCCGAGCCUUACGCCACCACCACCGAAAGUCCCAGACAGAGAGAAGACUAAAGAAGAAAAAGAGGCAGAGAAAAAAGAAAAACAGAAAAAAAUAUACAAAUGUGAUUCAGUAGCACUUUCAAGUGUGAUAUCGUUAGAACCGAGAGCAACUGGGUCGACUGAAUUCUGUCUCGUCUGGGACAUGCCUGUUAUAAAAUAUAAGAAGGAUAAGAAAGUUAAUAGGAGGUUUUAUACCAAGUAUUUCGGUAGCGACGGUAUAGCCGGUGCAAGCAUAGCUGCGUAUGCGCUUAGGAAUUAUAGAAAUUGGGAGAAACUACUCGCAGAGUGGCAGGAUCCUAUUUUGAAUAAUAGUAAUAUACCAGACUGGUUAAAAAGUGCCUUAAUGAAUGAGCUUUAUUAUGUCGCUGACGGCGGUACGAUAUGGUUUGACGUCCAUGAUGAAUACACAGAGAACGAUCCUAGGCAUGAGUUUGGUGUGUUCGGGUAUUUAGAAGGUCACGAAUACAGAAUGUAUAACACGUAUGAUGUACAUUUUUAUGCUUCAUUCGCGAUAGCACAACUUUGGCCUAAUUUACAAGUAGUAUUACAAUACAUGUAUCGUGACACAAUAGAAUUGGAAACUGAAAAAUGUCGACCAAACUUGUACGAUGGGAAGUCUGUCAAGUUUAAAAUCAAAGAAUCCAUCCCACACGAUCUCGGUGACCCAGAGGAUGAACCAUUCGCUAAUAUAAAUGCGUACAACGUCCACGACGUGAGCGACUGGAAGGAUCUGAACCUCAAGUUCAUAUUGCAAGUGAUCCGGGACUACCGGCUCCUGCGGGGACACAACGCGCCCUUCGGGAACGAAAGGUACCGCAACAUGGCGUAUAUAGACGACGUUAAGGAGGGCACGGAGGACGACCUCUACUCGAGGUCCACGGGACAGACCGACGACUCGGACCGGACCACGGACGAGUCGCCCGACCUCACGGAGCAGUCGACGCCCAUCGCGCACGAGGAGAAACCGUACGGCGUGGGCGAUAUACUCGACCUGUUGUACAGGAGCGCGGAGCCCGACGUGGGCGCGGGCGGCGGCGCGGCCGAGGCCGGCGCGCCCGCCGCCGCGCCCGCCGCCGCCGUGUGGCCGGCGCGCCGCUACCUGGCCGACAUGUACCCCGCCGCGCUCGGCCUGCUGCGCGCCGCGCGCCGCUGGGACCACGACCACGACGGACUCAUCGAGAACGGCGGCUUCCCCGACCAAACCUUCGACGCCUGGAUCAUGACCGGACCCAGUGCAUACUGCGGAGGUCUAUGGGUGGCUUCACUAAGUGCAGUUUGCGUGAUGGCACGUAUCCUUGGGCACGAGGAAGAUGAAAAAGAAUUCAGUACACUAUUGGAACAAGCCAAGCAGUCGUUUGAAGAAAAACUUUGGAAUGGCUCAUAUUACAAGUUUGACUUGAAACCUGCUAAUUCUCACGUAGUAAUGGCUGAUCAGCUGGCUGGACAAUGGUUCCUUAGAUCAUCUGGCUGGAGUGAGCAAGUUUUCCCUGAAGAGAAUGUGCGCAAGAGUCUCGCUACAAUAUACGAGAAUAAUGUGUUGAAGUUCAAGGGAGGCAAGAUGGGCGCCGUGAACGGUUGGAUAGCUGGGCCGCGCGGUCAUAUCGACACGCAAGCCAUACAGAGCGAGGAAAUGUGGACCGGAGUCACCUUCGGACUUGCUGCACUUAUGAUCUACGAAGGUAUGCACGAGGAGGCAUUCGUGACUGCAGGAGGCUUGUACAAGACAUUAACAGACAUGGGGCUAGCAUUUGAAACGCCAGAAGCUCUGUAUGCGAAUGGAAAUCAUCGAGCAGUCGGCUACAUGCGACCUCUUUCCAUCUGGAGCAUGUACCAAGCUUUAGUAACUAGACCACCACCUCCACCACCAAUGGUCAACGGACAAGCACAUCAUGCCAAAGACGACGUGCAUUUAUAG